AGAACACUAAACUUGACUCACUUCCGUCUUCCGUCUUCUCUUCUCUUGUUUACAUCCACAUGAGCCUAAAAGCUGAGUAGAGAAGAUUUUGUGAAGAUGACGGACCAGAAAGCAGAGAACAUCAGCUCCAUCCCCAUCGAUGAGUUCAGCAACUUAAGAAUCACAUCCAUAGGGACGUUUCUCAUGUCUGUGCAGUGGUCGGAGCCUUGGCUGAUCGGACUGCUGGUGUUUCAUGUUGUGUGUUUGUUUCUGACUGUGGUGACGUGCAGGUACUACAGAGCUCAGAUAUGUCACUUCCUGCUGAUGGUUGUCCUGGUGUACACAGCUGAAUAUUUAAAUGAGCUGGCAGCCAUGAACUGGCGGUCCUUUUCUAAGUUCCAGUACUUUGAUUCCAAGGGCAUGUUCAUAUCUUUGGUCUACUCUAUUCCACUUCUCCUGAAUACGGUCAUCAUUGUGAUGGUGUGGGUGUACAGGACCUUUUCCACUAUGACCGAGCUGAAGACACUCCAGAUCAAACGAAAGAUCCGCAGAGAGAAGAGAGAGAAGAGCGACUGAUCUCUCUCCUUUAUGUCCAAAAAUGGGCUUCACUGGGAGGAAUUAAGAAUCCGUGUCUCUGCCGUGCUAAUCCUGAAUUUUGGAGGAGGAGGGCAGAUUCCUGCUUGUGACCGUAAAAAGGAUUUGAUGUCGGUCAGGACUGGGUGUCCGUUUCUGGUAACGAGAUGCCGCUGAAUAUACUGUACACUAUGGGAUAUACAAGGACCAAAGGACAUUUACUGUUUUGUAUUUAAUGUUGUUUUAAAGUGUGUUGAAAGAAAAGAUAAAUUGUUUUAUGAAUGAC